AUGGAUGAUGACCUCCGUGAAAUGAGGCUAAGUCUGUUGAUGGAAAUUGAGAGGAGGAAGCAAGCAGAAGAAACACUUGAGAUCUGGCAGAAGGAAUGGAAGAAGCUGAGUCACCACCUAUCAUAUGUUGCCUUAUCACUUCCAUCUCCAAGUAUAGCUGAGGAUACUGAUGAUUCAAGUGUGGAUCCUGGAGCUGAGUUGGCUUUGCCCGUGCUGAAAUCUGCAAAGAACUUAGAGAUUGCAAGGUUGUCGGAUAGGGUCCAGUACUAUGAAGCUGCAAACAGGGAAAUGUCCCAAAGAAACCAAGAAGCUAUCGAGAUGUCAAGGCAACAACGCUAG